AUGUUAUGUGCAACACAGAAGCUACCGGACGCUUUGACCCAUCAAUAUACCCACCUUAUACCUGUUGAGUGCACCCUUACUACGAGAGAGGGACGUAUGUAUAACGUCGUAAUGAGAGCCGAGCCGAGAGACCUAAGUCGAGUCAUUCUGGACUUUGGAGAGGGUAUAUUUGAAUUACAAAUAGUCGAAGGGCAUGGAAAAGUGUUGAUGCAAAAUUGGGGUGCAGAGGCGUUUGUGGACCUUACUGACAUGGUUGAAGGGUCUACAUGGUGCUUCAAAUUAAUUCCUUAUUUUUGUGUUCGUUUCGAGAAAACUUGUGGGAAUUUGGUAGGGCGAUUCUACUAUCAG